UUUUUUGUGAUUCUUCGAUUGUGCAAUAUUAUAAGUGUAAUUUGCAAGGUAUUAGAUACCGCAUACCGAUAUAUUAGCAUCGCAAAAUGCUCGUAACGAAAUUGAAACUCUAACUAACUGUAUUUCAGCAACCUUCCUGCUUCCUUAGCGAUUAGCUUUCAUUAGCAAUUUUAGCUUCGUGCGAAUUACUGGAUUAUUUUUUUCCUCUCGUAUACGUGCACAAACCGCUAAUUCGCCACUCGGUAAAAGCUUUGCAUAAGUCUCGACGCGACUUUUGUAACGUUAAAGAAAUGAGGAAAGAUCAAAUUAUGACGUUGGUUCUUUUGAUGUGCUACUUCAUGAAGUCAACACAUGUAUCGGGAGUGAGAAAUAUUACACACGGUGUAUCGAAACAUGUACGAUCUAUCGGAUUUCCCGAGGGUAGUAAUACGGGGAUACUUUUCGCCUUGGGAAUUCCUAUAGAUAUUCCCGACAAGUCUAUAGCGAUGGCAUUUUAUUUCGAAGCGAACUACGGAUUGCCGUACGAAUGGAAUUCGAGUUACUUUUACGAGGCAGAUUAUUACGCAAAACGAAGUCUUAGCCGUCAAUUAGUGUACCGGAUGCUCAUGAAUAAAAUGGAAAGUCUGGGUUAUUCCGGAUUAGAUUGUUUGCUGAGGACGAUUUGUGAAGCUGGGAGAUAUUCUUUAAGUGAAAACGGAGUGCUUGGUGACAUCCUGCAAAUUGUACUCACACCUUCCACAUCGAGAAGUGAAAAUCUUCCGGAUGAGAUUAUAGAAGCCGAACAUGAACAGCAUUGCGACCAGCGUUACAAAAAGUGCUCUGUAAAUCCUUUAGAUCUAAUAAGUCAUUAUAUCAGCAGCAACUAAUAAAUAUAAUUUCCUUCGUAAUUGACAUUUAAUUUUAUUGCAUAGCAAUUUAUGCGAUGUAAUAAAAUUAAUGUUAUUUGCAAAUGUUAAAAGCUCAUUAAUAACUCAUUGUCAGCUAGAAGAAGUAAUGUGCUUGUCGCAAGCUUUAUCAGCUGAAAAAGACAACAAUAUGUACGCAAGAUGCUGUUCGAUGAUAUUAAUAAAAAUUUAACAGAUCGCUAAUUUAUAAUACUCGUAUAUAUAACGAUAUACAUAUUGAGCAGAUUGCAAAAUAACAUAGCAAUCAGAUCAAUAACAGAAAUAGCAGAAAUUGGAAAUAUUUUUAUUCUUGUAACUGCUUUUUCUUAAUUUCGUUUUUUAUAUCUAUUUAUCAUACAUAUGCACAUUUAUAUUUAGAGAUCUUUAAAUGCAAAGUUAUCUGUUCUUCGCGAUAUAUCAAACUUUUCUACU